AGGGCAGGACCAGAGACAGGUAAAUAGCCAAGAAAGCGCGCUGCUGGCGACUUGGAUACCGUAGAUACCAUUCCGACCACUGCCCCUGUUUAUUGGAGAAGCGGGGGGGAAUGGCGGCCGGCAGCGGGGAAAGCGCAGCGGAGGUGGAAGGAGCGCGAGCUGGAGAGGGAGCGAACGACGAGGGUGCGGGCGGAACGAGCGAUAAGGGCGCGGCAACGGGCAGCGAAAGCGCGAAAGUCGCAACGCCGCAAAUGAAUGGCGAGACUGUCGUUAUCGCGGACGCUGGAAACCCAGAAGCGGAGAAAUCGGAAGCGACGAAGCCGAAAACAAAGGAUGAAGCGGAGAAGGGGGAAGCGGAGAAGGGGGAAGCGGAGACGACGGACGCGGAAAAGCUGGAAACUGAGAAACCGGAAGCGGAGAACGCAGAAGCGGAGAAGGCGGAAGUGGCGAAGGCGGCAGGGGAGAAGGCGGAAGCGGAGAAAGUAACCGUUGAGAAGACGCAAACUGAUGAGGUUGAGAACUACCCUGCCGGUGACGGCAAAACCGAGGCCAUCGAAGCCGAAGCUAAAGCCAAAGCCACUGAAGCAGAAAAUGCUGCGACGAACGACGACGCGGCAUUGCCAGGCGAGGCGCCGACGUGCUACUGUGACGCGGAGGAGGGGGAGGAGGGGAGGGAGGUGGAGGAGGAGGAAGAGGAGGUGACCGAGGUGGUACCAAUGGCGAUGGCGGGGGGGAAGAACGACGGGGAAAAGGAAAACGCAGGAAGAGAGGGUAGCGGAACCAAAGAGGAAGCGGGGAAAGCAAAGGAGGGAGCGGAGGGUGAGACGACCAAUGCAAAGCCGAAGCUGAAGCUGAAGCGGAAGAGGCUGGCGGUGGUGAAAACUGUGACGGCGGCUGCUAACCCGAACAAGGGCCUGCGAUACUGGACGUGCGCCAACUACCAACCGAGGCCGUUCAAGCGCGCCAAGCAGGCGCGCAAGGGCGCAGGGAGGGACGAGCAGACGAAGAAAGAUGCAAAGCGGUGCGACUUCUUCAGGUGGCUGGACCCCCCGCGGGUGACCAAGGAGGAGAAGGCAGCAGCUGCCAGGGAGAAGCGCCGCAAGCGAGAGCUGGCUCUGCUGUCGUAAGUGAGGAGACACUUCCAGCGGCUCGGCGCCUCCAUGUAUCAUCGGCUUUCGAGGCACCUUUAGAAAGUGCUGCCGCUGCUGUAGUAGAAAGGGUGGAGCUGUCUGUGCUGUCGUAAGGAGGGACGCGACGCUGCUGCAAAGAGGGGAAGGAAGCCGUUCUAUGAAGCUCGUAGCACUGACAGGAGGAAGUGUGGCAGUGGUGGCAGGGGGAAGUGAUAGCAGUGGUGGCAGGGGGAAGUGGUAGCAGUGGUGGCAGGGGGAGUGGUGGCAGGUGGCAGUGGUGGCAGGGGGGGUGUAGAAGAGUUCUAACUGGGCAACUGACAUGACGUGAGAUCAGGUGAUGUGACGAGAGGUGACAUCGGGUGACAUGAGAUGACAUGGCUUGACAUGGCGUGACACGAGGAGCCACGAAGUGACAUGAUGUAACAUGUUAUGACAUGGCGUGGCGUGAUGGCUAACUGGUUGUGGCGCACUGCACCCGGCAGCGUGGUGUUUUGGGGGGCGACUGAAGGUGGGUGGGGAAGGCAAGUGCAGGAGGGGUGAAGGGAGGGGAGUAAAAAUUUUGGUAGGGAGGGAGGGGUGGUGGAUAAGUGAUUGCAGGGUGACUUUGGGUCGACUCUCAGCUCACCUAAAUGCAAGGUUUUAGGGGAGGAGUGGUUCUAGUGGAGUGAUUCUAGGGGCGGGUUGAUUGUAGAACUGUAUUGUGUCAAUGUCUUUGUUUUAUUUGAUAGGUUGUCAUUCUGUGGACAUGCUGUACUGAUCAUGCACCCCCCUUUCUGUUGUGGUAUAUUAUGUAAUUUUUUGAAAGCGUGUAGCGCUUUCUAAAAA